AUGUUCUCAAAGGCGAUAGUAAACCUAAACCCCAAACCUUUCGUAUGUCCUGAAUGUGGAAAAUGUUUUCGCUAUCACUCAAUUCUUAUUAGACAUCAGAGAACUCACACAGGAGAGAAACCAUUCUCAUGUUCUGAAUGUGGAAAAUGUUUUAGCUAUCACUCAAUUCUUAUUAGACAUCAGAUAACUCACACAGUAGAGAAACCGUUCUCAUGUUGUGAAUGUGGAAAAUGUUUUACCUACAGAGCAGAUCUUGUCCGUCAUCAGAGAACUCACACAGAAGAGAAACUGUUGUCAUGUUCUGAAUGUGGAAAAUGUUUUACCUACAAAGCAGCCCUUGUCCAUCAUCAGAGAACUCACACAGGAGAGAAACCGUUCUCAUGUUCUGAAUGUGGGAAAUGUUUUACCUACAAAUCAGACCUUGUCCGUCAUCAGAGAACUCACACAGAAGAGAAACCGUUCUCGUGUUCUGAAUGUGGAAAAUGUUUUAGGCUACCUUCAAAUCUUGUUGGACAUCAGAGAACUCACACAGGAGAGAAACCGUUCUCAUGUUCUGAAUGUGGAAAAUGUUUUACCUACAAAUCAGACCUUGUCCGUCAUCAGAGAACUCACACAGAAGAGAAACUGUUGUCAUGUUCUGAAUGUGGAAAAUGUUUUACCUACAAAGCAGCCCUCGUCCGUCAUCAGAGAACUCACACGGGAGAGAAACCGUUCUCAUGUUCUGAAUGUGGAAAAUGUUUUACCUACAAAGCAGACCUUGUCCGUCAUCAGAGAACUCACAUAGAAGAGAAACCGUUCUCGUGUUCUGAAUGUGGAAAAUGUUUUAGGCUACAUUCAAAUCUUGUUGGACAUCAGCAAACUCACACGGGAGAGAAACCGUUCUCAUGUUCUGAAUGUGGAAAAUGUUUUACCUACAAAGCAGACCUUUUCUGUCAUCAGAGAACUCACGCAGCAGAGAAACUGUUCUCAUGUUCUGAAUGUGGAAAAUGUUUUACCUACAAAGGAGACCUUGUCCGUCAUCAGAGAAUUCACACAGGAGAAAAACUGUUCUCAUGUUCUGAAUGUGGAAAAUGUUUUACCUACAAAGCAGCCCUUGUCCGUCAUCAGAGAACUCACACAGGAGAAAAACCGUUCUCAUGUUCUGAAUGCAAAAAAUGUUUUUUCACUAAUGCAAAGCUUGUCCAUCAUCAGAGAACUCACACAGGAGAGAAACCGUUCUCCUGUCCUGAAUGUGGAAAAUGUUUUGUCACCAACAGCGAUCUUGUCCGUCAUCAGAGAAUUCACACUGGAUUAAAACCGUUCUCAUGUUCUGAAUGUGAAAAAUGUUUUUUAACCAAAGCCAACCUUGUCCGACAUCAGAGAACUCACACAGGAGAGAAACCGUUCUCAUGUUCUGAAUGCGAAAAAUGUUUUUUCACCAAUACAAAGCUUGUCCAUCAUCAGAGAACUCACACAGGAGAGAAACCGUUCUCAUGUCCUGAAUGUGGAAAAUGUUUUGUCACCACCAGCAAUCUUGUCCGUCAUCAGAGAAUUCACACUGGAGUAAAACCGUUCUCAUGUUCUGAAUGCGAAAAAUGUUUUUUAACCAAAGCCAACCUUGUCAGACAUCAGAGAAUUCACACAGGAGAGAAACCGUUCUCAUGUUCUUAA